AUGUAUAAUAGGGAUGAUCGCUAUUCUUCAUCUGCCGGCCCUCCUCCGCCACCUCCUCCCUUACAUCGGCAUCCUCCACCUCCAGGCUAUGAUCGAUACGAUCCAUAUCCACCGCCGCCGCCGCCCUCUAAUCUCCCUCCUCCCCCCCCUCCUCCUCCGCCGUCUUAUCAACAGUGGGAUAGACGCGAUAGUCGAGAUAGAGAUGGUCGCGAUGGCCGUGACAGCUACUACCCUCGCGAUCGAAACGAUGGCCACAGAUUUCGUGGUCCUUAUUCCGACCUACGCCAACACCGCGGGCCCUACAGAGAUUCGAGAGACUCGCGAGAUUCCCGCGAUUAUCGCAACUCUCGCGACGAGUACCGCCCACCGAGUUCCGAAUUCACCUUCCGCCAAGACGCCCCGGCUGGCAUCACAACUAAUGGGGCGCCCUAUUAUCCACGUCGCGACGACAGAGGUCCCGAUUCCUACGCGCCUCGCUAUAAUGACUCCCGUCGCAACCGAAACCAGCCGCGUCGUACCGGCCCUUACCAGCGUCGCGAGAAGGAGAAAGCCGCCGAUCGCUUACUGCUCUCCAAACGAUUCGAUGACCAAGGUGAACUCAUGCUAGGCGACACGGCUGUCCGCCCGACGUACCGAGAUAUCGAUGAGCUCUCCGAUAGUGACGAGGUUGACAUGGAUAUCUCGGACAACGGCGACUCGGACUCGAACGCGGCAGAUCGUCCUGCCAAACGGACACGCACAGAUGCACCCGCCACUACCCGAGACACGGCAUCCGAUGCACCGAAAUGGUCUAACCCAGACCCUUACACAGCCCUACCACCCCCCGAAACCACUCGUAAGAAGGACGUUGUGCAGCUAAUCCGCAAGGCACGCGUCGAGGCUGAAGCGAAAAAGACGGCUGUGUCGACCGAAGCAGCCGACUUUAUUUCAUGCGACUUCUCCGAUGACGAUACUGCAGAUCAGCAAUUGAACGGCGCGUUAGAAAAUCAACGGCCUGACGCUCCUACGGGGCCUCGCAGUGCACCCGCAGCAUCAACACUCCCACCUAAGCCACCACCCGUUGCCUCGCAGCUUUCCUCUCAACGUCAAGAGAAGGUGCCCCCCUCGCAAGCUCCUUCCCCAUCUUCUAACUUUACUAAACACGACCAAAAACCUCCUGCGCCUGCGGACUUAACCGCCUCUGCCUCUCUAGGAAGUCGCAAACGCAACAUUGACGAUGAAAUUAAACCACCACAUACCUUGCAGAAUGUGAAAAAGGGAAACAAGAUGCCGUCUGGUUCGAUUGUGCCUGUUUGGCGACCCGAACCUGGCCAAAACCCAUGUCCUUGGGCUGUUAGCGAUCAUUCCGCUGUACUUGACAUGGGCACCCGGUUACACCACGAGAUCAAGGACUUCUACGCCUACGUCAGUCCCCGUGAUUUCGAAGAGAAGCUCCGCCAACGACUGAUAUCAAAGCUUGAAUCUAUUGUUCAGAAGAAAUGGCGAAUUGCGAGGAUCUUGCCUUUCGGCUCAUUCAUGUCUGGUCUUUACUUGCCUACUGCCGACAUGGAUAUCGCCAUCUGUUCUCAAGAUUUCAUUGAUGGAAAAUAUCCUCUAUAUGACAAGAAGAAAUUUCUCUUCCAUAUGAAAUCUCACCUUGAGUUUCACAGGGUUGCUUUUCAGAAUGCGGUCGAGGUCAUUUCUAGGGCAAAGGUACCUCUUGUCAAGUACACUGAUAAGUUAACCGGUCUGAAGGUGGAUAUCUCAUUCGAGAAACUAGAUGGCUUCAAAGCCAUUGACACCUUUCGUGAGUGGAAGAAGCAGUACCCCGCCAUGCCUCCCUUGGUCUCAGUCAUCAAGCACUUCCUGCUUAUGCGCGGCCUCAAUGAGCCUGUCAAUGGUGGGAUCGGUGGUUUCACCGUUAUAUGCAUGGUAGUCCAUGUACUACAGAAUAUGCCUCAAAUUCAGAGCGGUUCAAUGACGGACGACCACCUAGGCCAGCUCCUUAUGGAAUUCUUGAAGUACUAUGGCUUCCUCUUCCAAUAUCAGACCGUCGCGAUCCGUAUGAACCCGCCUGGAAUUAUCAACAAGGCCAAGGCGAGCACCCUAGUCUACCGUAGCCUCGAUAGGCUUUCAAUAAUUGACCCUAAUAACCCUGAGAAUGAUAUCGCGGGUGGCUCCUCAAAUUAUUUCGCGAUCAAAGACUGUUUUGCAAAGGCAUACGAAGCUAUCCAAAAGAGGAUGUUCGAGUUCUCCCAAGAGGGCCAUUCAGCCACGUCAGAUCCUAUCAAGGAUACAUUGUUAUAUCCAGUCUUUGCCGGAAACUAUUCUCACUUCGAGGAUCAGCGGAACUGGCUGCGAAAGCUAGAGCUGGGGGAGAUACGCGAAGAAGACUUGGCGGAGUCCAAAAACAGCACCAAGCGCAGUCAGUGGUAA